AUGGGAAAUAAGGCAAAUGACAACGUUCCCAAAGUUAUGUCCCAUACAUUGACAAGGCAUACUUCUGCAACAUCCUGCAUUGUUCCAGUUCUGUUUUCAGCUGCGGCAGAGCCUCAGAGAGAAAUCCUCACUUAUGCCUUACUUGACACGCAGAGUGAUUCAACCUUUAUUUUGGCUGACCUGGUAUCUAAGCAAAGUGUGAGCACCAAGCCAUUACAGCUAAAGCUCAGCACAAUGACAGCUGUUAACACAGUUAUAUCAAGCCAAAUUACUUAUGGUCUGCAAAUGCGUCGCUUCACUUCUAAAGCUCAAGUCCAACUCCGUCAAGCCUAUACGAGAGAUUUAAUUCCAGUUGAUAAAUCUCACAUCCCCACUAAGGUGGGUCACACCUCAAGCACUUGGAAAACAAGUUACAGCCACUUCAAGACUGCGAAGUCGGACUGCUGA